UUGACCUGGAAAUGCCAAUUGUGACUGUUAACAAGCCAAUACCAGAUGAUGACGAGGGAGUUCUAAGCAAGGUAGUUGUGACUCAAGAAUUAUUAGAUAAUGUAGGCUUAGUUAGACUUGAACACAUUACCGUUACCAUAAACAUUAACCAUACGCGUAGAGGUGAUAUUGAGGUAAAUUUAAUAAGUCCAAAUAAUAUCAAUUCGAUACUUGGUGCAGCAAGGAGAUACGAUGAACAUAACGAAGGAUUAACCAACUGGACUUUCAUGACUUUGAAACAUUGGGAUGAAUCACCUAUCGGCGAGUGGACAAUUCAAGUGAGAGACAGGCAAAAUCCACAGCAUAGGGGUAUAUUCAUAGAUUGGUUGAUUAAAUUUUGGGGAGAAAGUGUGAAUACCACGUCACCUACCUCUAGUGUAGUCGUUAGUUCAACUAGUGUUUCGACUAUAUUAUCAACUGAAAGUUCAACGAUUUCAACUUCACCUACGUCGGAAUAUACCACAUCAAUAUCUUCUACUUUACCUGUAGUGAUAGCUACCCCUACGGAAGAAAAUUCCAAUUCUACGUCAGAAACAAUGACCACUGAAUCGAAUGGUUGGAUUUUGACUGGGGUCGGAGUAUUAGUGACUUUUAUACUCUCUGGGAUGACAUACUUUGCAUGUGUUACAAAGAGAAGGUUCUGGAACAUUACUAACAGAAAAUUCAGGAAAUUCUUUUCACGAGAUACUUAUGAAUCCGUGUUACAAUCGGGAGAUGCAAAUGGAGUGGAUGAUUCUAUUCCUCUUAACAGAAGUAACAAGCAAUCUGCGUCGGAAAAUAUGUUUGACACUUUUGGUGAUUCUUCUGAGGAAGAUGAUGUCGAAAGUACUCAUGUUGUAUUCGAGAGUUCUUACAUGGAUGAAGAUACGAAUGAAGAUGAAAAAGGCGAUGGCGAUUCGAACAAUGGUGUGAGGGUUGAGCAUGAAGAGGAUGAUGGUAAUCCAGGCGGUUCAAGCAGCGAGAUGCUCCAACAAGGUGAGAAUAUUUAUAACAGAGGCUGGAAUAUUUCGAUAUGA